UGUGUGUGAAGGAGAGACGUGCUGAACCACCUCCUCAACGGCUCCAACGAGACAGACAAGUAUGACCCCCGGGUACCCCCUGACUACGAGGAAGAACACCCGACCAACGUUUCCAUCCGGAUCCACCUCCUGAGCUUCGAUUCCGUGAGCGAAACCACAAUGGACUACUCCGUGGAGCUGUAUCUCUCCAUGACCUGGAUGGACGUACGGCUCAACUACACGCUCUUGCACAAUUCCUCCUGGCUGGAGGUGGACACCAAGAUGAUGGACCUCGUCUGGGUGCCUGAUGUCUACUUCCGGAACGAGAAAGAGGCGUCGUUCCAUGACGUGACGGUGCCCAACAAGUACAUGCAUCUGUACCGCGAGGGAGAGGUCAAAUACAGCAUGCGGCUUUCCCUGACCCUCAGCUGCCGCAUGUUGCUCCAGAAGUACCCGCUGGACACACAGCGCUGCCCCAUGCUCAUCCAAAGUUACACGUACACCACGGAGAAUGUGAUGUUCUACUGGAAGGCAGACGAGGGGACUCACCCGAUCACACAUGACGCAGAGAUAGCGCUCAACACAGAGCUGCCUCAGUUCUCUAUCGUCGACAACACCACGGAGUCUUGUAAUGGGACCAUGGAUGUAGAAACACCCAAGUUCGCGUGCAUCAAGGCUCACUUCACCCUGAAGCGAGACAUCGGCUUCUACAUCAUCCAGGUGUACGUCCCCAGCAUCCUGAUCGUGGCUCUGUCCUGGGUGUCCUUCUGGCUGGAUCUUGACGCCAUCCCGGCGCGCGUGUCCCUGGGAGUGCUCACUGUACUCACGCUCAACACACACGGCUCUAACGUGCAGUCACAACUGCCCAAGGUAUCCUACAUCAAAGCCAUCGACGUGUGGGUCGUGAACAGCCUCAUCUUUGUGUUUGCCGCGCUCCUGGAGUUUGCUUACGUCAACGUCCUGGCCCGCAGGGGAGAUAAAGAGCUGGUGGCGACCCAGGUCUUCCGGAUACCAAUGGAGAACAAAGACAGCCGGUUUGAGGUAAAUGGCAACCCUCCACGGCACCUACACAUCGGCAGGCCGGCCCCGUCUCGUAUGAGGGCGCGCAAGAUCGACAAAAUCUCUCGCAUCGUCUUCCCGGGCUGUUUUGUCAUCUUCAAUAUGGUCUAUUGGCCGGUGUACAUCUACACUUGAUGGGUGAGGGCCGGUGAUGAACUUCCGAGUG